AUGGCCCCUUUAAGAGCAUUUGCCAUUGAAUGGAAUGUAGCCAGUGAUGACUUUGUUUGUGCAGGCUUCACUGGUUUCAUCGUUCACCUCAUUGGGAUCAUCCUGUUAGCUAUAGGAUACUCUUUCUAUCAACGAGUUUUUGCUACCUGCUCAUGCUGCAUAAUUCUACAAAUAUUCUUGAUUGGGAUGCUGAUUAUUACCUCAUGGCUAGCUAUAGCUGAUUUUGGAAUCGGUUGGGUCAGCAGUCAAGGUAGCAUCUCUUCCCCUGGGUUGAGGCGUUAUUUACCAUAUUGGUUGUACUUUAGAGCCUUAUUAACCAUACCUGAAGUAAUAUGGGUCAGCCUUGGUACCUAUUGGGCGUUCUAUCCUAAUAGUAGUCCUUGCUUACAGCUAGAAAGCGAUUUAUUAAAGAUUGCUGUCAUUGUGGAAUGGUGUCUUAUUACGUUAAUUAUCCUUAUGUUGCCUUGCGCAAUCUGUCCUCCAGCACGUUCUAAGCCCAAUCAGCUAUCAGGUGAUCAAGCUCGUCGUGCAUUGAAAAGAUUAUUUCGUUGUCUCUUCUGUUAUCGUGAUUUAGACAAUCAUCCAUCAUCAAAUCGUCAAUGUCUCUGCUGUUUACCAUUGCUAUGUAUAUCUUGUUUACCCAAUUAUUGUCAAUGCGAUCAAUCUGAUGGAAGCGAGGAUGGAAUUUAUGCCGCUAUGAGCGAAGUCCUUACUUCUAUUUUCUAUGAUAUGAACACGGCUCCAAGUGAUAUUGCAGCAGGCUUAGUCUUAGUUAAUAGGCAGCAAAAGAAAGACCGAUUGCGACAUGAAGUUCAGGCGGCAACUAUUACCAGAAACAAUCGAAAAGCGUUAACAAAGUUUGAUUAUAACACAUACGAUGACCGUAAAGUCUUAAACGAUUUAUGUUAUUAUUAUGAUUACACGACUGCAAUUUAUGGCUGGCCAUUAUACCUACUAAAAAAUUCGAUAUGCCAUCACGGAGCUAUAUGCUCUCUUUGUCGGUCAUGUUGUUUUGAAAGGUCACCCUCACAAGAAACUAUAAUUAUAGAGGAUAAUUCUUGCCACUGCAAUCAAACGGCCGUAAGAGGAUUAAUUCAGCAAAAAGCAUACGAAGUGCUUUAUGCCAGCUACAGGAACAAACUAUAUGAAACGCCUUUUUUACUUGCUGUUGAUCAUUCUCGUAAAUCGGUAGUUGUAUCCAUUCGUGGUACAUUGUCAUUGAUUGAUCUAGCUGCUGAUAUGAUUGCUACACCAACAAAGCUCUUGGUUGACGGUGUAGAAGAUGCUUAUACACACCAGGGAAUUACUAAGUGUGCUGAAAAUAUCAAGCAGAAGUUAGAUGAAAACAAUCUACUAGCAAUCGUUAUGAAACAGCAUUCUAGCUACCGACUUAUUAUUACUGGACAUUCAUUGGGUGCUGGUACAGCUGCUAUUCUAUCAAUUCUUCUUCGACGUGAUUAUCCUAAAUUGUUAUGUUACGCAUAUUCUCCACCUGGCGGCCUUGUGAGCUCGUCACUUCGUACAUAUACGGAAGGGUUUAUCAUAUCUAUGGUUGUCGGCUACGACGUUAUUCCAAGAUUGAGCAGACAGAACCUUCGUAAGUUACGCCAUGAAAUAUUAACACAGCUUCAAGAUUGUCCUUUACCAAAGUAUAAAAUUCUGUCUACCAGUCGCUGCUGCUGCUGUUGCUGUUGCGCACAGUUUACACUGGGCUGUUUAUUGAAUUGUACGGAAGCUGAUCUCGAGAACGGGCAACCACCUGUUGAUCCAUAUACAUUAUCGGAUUCGGAUAUUAUUGAACUUUUUCCGCCUGGAAAGAUCGCGUACCUUACCGAUAACCGGCACUUUAAUACUACAGAAGAAACUGGGCACACAGCUUAUUGGAGUGAUCAUCUUGUCUUUGAUAAAAUUUUAAUGGCUGGGGCCAUGAUGUCCGAUCAUCGGCCACUUCAAGUCGGUAAAGCUUUAAAUGAUAUUUCCGAUAUGUUAUCACAAUGCCAGGUUCACUAUUUGCUGCCGGUAAUUUACUGCUUGCAUUGGAAACAAAUUAUCUACACGUAUAGGAUCCGAAAUGAAGAUUAA